GGUAAUAGGAUGAAGCUCGAGAGGAAAGAGCACAAAUAGACGUUGUCAGGUCAACGUACUGUCGAGACAGAGCUGAGUGGAGAAACACCUUCAGUAACCUGCUGAUUGAGUUUUUUUUUUAACCUUCGAAGACACCGAGCUCAAGAAUGAAGCUCCUGCUUGGUUUGGCUGUUCUGUUGGGGACCCUGGGGGUCCUUUAUUCAGCCCUAGAGGACCAACCCACAGGCAUCUCAGAGGACACCUUAAAACAGUUGUCCCUGGAUGGGGAGAAACUGGUGGAUGAGGAGGUGAGGAGAGCUCUGUACGGGGUGAAGCAGAUGAAGGAGGUGAUGUGGAGCAACGAGCAGAAGCACGAACACCUCAUGAAGUCCCUCCGACACAGCAGCGACAAGAAGAAGGGAGCAGACCAGCUGGCGAAGGAGGUGACGGAGAAGCUGGAGGAAGCUGAGGAGCAGUGUAAAAACUCCCUGCAGUCAGAGUGGGAGGCGUGCAGACCCUGUCUGGAGGACGCAUGUAAAACCUUCUACACCUCCACCUGCCGCAGGGGGUUUGGCACCUUCCACGCCAAGGUGGGGAACUUCUUCCGCAGAGUGUCCAGGCGCUUUGGCCCCCGGGAGCCUAGCAUGGAUGCAGGGGACAUCCUGGUGAAUCAGGGCCCUGAAAACACCGACACUGAUGUCGACCGCAUCGAGGAUUCCUUCAACCGCCUGACCGGCAGGGUGGGCAUGCUGGUGAGCCGCAGCGUCGCCCUGGUCUCCAGGAUGAGCAGCAGGCUGGACAAAGUCCUCCAGAGGGCUUUCCUGAACGACUCCGACAUCCUGACGGAGGAGACCCCCUCCGCUGACCCCUACGACCCCAGCCAGGACUCAGGCUUCCUGCAGGGCGUGGGACUGGACGAGGUGCUGGACUCCUUCUUUGACUUCGGCAAGAGUGUGGUGGAGGAGUUCGGAGCUGUGGUGACCCAGGUGUUUGAUGACGUCCACGAGGCAGUGGAGGAAGAGAAGAAGAAAGCGAGGGUAAGUUUCCCCCGUUUCCUGCAGAACAAGAAGUUGUGCCGAGACCUUCGCAAACAGACCUCAGAGUGCUGGCAGCUGCAGAGCCAGUGUGAGGCCUGCCAGGGAGCUCUGCUCACAGAGUGCCCCAGUGUUCGGGAGCUGCAUGUGGAGCUGGAUGAGGUCUCCCAGCUGCUGGACGUGUCCAAAGAGCAGUACGACGAGAUCUUGUCUAUCGUCCAGCGCCACACUGAUGAAACCGUCAACUGGCUCAGCAACAUGGCGGCUGAGUUCAGCUGGGUGGCUCAGGCUGUGAGCAACAGCAGCACUGUUGGAAACAUCUUCCGUAUCAGCAUGGUGGCACCAAAGAUCCACGACGAACAGAACGCAUCUGUGACUGAGACCAGAGUGGAGGUGAGCAUCCUGAACUCUCCCCCACUUCUCCUCUCUGUUCCUGGGGAGCUGGAGCUGAGGGAUCCGGCCUUCAUCCAGUAUGUGGCCCAGGAGGCUCUGAACAAGUACAAGGAGAUAGUGAGGAAUGAGGAGGAUGAGUAAAACUACUGCGUCUCCUUUUCUAAACUUCUACCAGCACCUUCUCUGUGAACAGAACUAGCUUGUGUUCCUGUAUAGUAGUAGGCAUAAUCUUGUUGAAUUGUAAAUACACUACGAAUGAACCGUGUCUAUCAUCGCUAUUUAUUGAAUGUAAGAAAAGAAGAAAAUGUAUGUCGUUACCUGUUGUCAAAUGGUGUACAUGAAUAAAAAGAAAUAAAAUGCAAAA